GCUGAGCGCGGUAUAUUGACAGUGCUUCGCACAUUGCCGUUCAGUCAGUAGGUUUUCUGUCACCGCGGAGUGCGCACGUAGCCGCAACAACGCGCGAUCUCACGAGUAUGCCACGAUCGCCCCGCAGUACUAAGUGAGCUGCGGUUGGGACCCGUUAAAAUUAUGACUUUUGGAGCGAUCGCGCGCGAAGAAGAAAGCGGCAGAUAUCUCGUUCUAGAAGAGAAAACCCUGAGGAUAGUGUCCAGAUAUUGGGAGGUCUCCGGUGUAUCGUCCGCCGAGAGGCUGCGGUACAGGAACAAGCGGCUAAUUGAACCCUACGGACUGUUAUAAAUUUCAAAACUUUUUGAACUUGAACAAAUUAGUAUUUAGUGUUAAUUAAGUGCAAUAUAUAGGUGAACUGUGUUUAUUUUGUGUUAAAGUUACUUGGGGUAUUUUUUUAAUUUUUUAUUUUCAAUUGGAUAAACGAAAAUGGUGCCCCAACAAGUGACGGAUGUGCGAUCACUCUCGCCGACAUCGAGCGGAGUGCCGGUGUUUGGUUCCCAGCUCGUCGAUAAAAACUCAUCUACCCCAUACACGGAUGCCACACAGACAAAGAAGAACAAUCCAAAUCACAUAAAGAGACCAAUGAACGCGUUCAUGGUCUGGUCACAGAUCGAACGCAGGAAAAUAUGCGAACAAACGCCAGACAUGCACAACGCGGAAAUAUCCAAGAACCUCGGGCGUGUUUGGAAGACGUUGAACGAUGAGGAACGACAGCCAUUCAUUGAUGAAGCGGAAAGGUUGAGGCAGCUACACAUGCGCGAGUACCCAGACUACAAAUACAGGCCUCGCAAGAAGGCAGCGAAACCCGCGCAGAGGUCCGGCGCCGUCAAUAAGCAAAAGCGCAAGCAACGCGCUGACUCCAACAAUAACAGAGGGAUUGCCAGACGACGAUCGCGAACGGCGCAGACCGUCCCAUCAAUCCCCAGCGUCCCAAUGGACACAUCGCUACCUCAGCCUCUGCCAGCAUCUCCCGCUGGCUCUCCAGAUUCACCAGAAUCCGCCUGCUUCUACGAAGAUGGCACUCGCAAUAUCCAAGGCUCAGACUUACACGAUCUGUACUCCAUCACAGAUCUGCUAACCCUACCAGCCGACUGCGAAGUCGACCUCGACCUCGCGCUCACCUCGGACGCGUUUGAAACGGCGUCAUCAUCGUCAGGAUCGCACUUCGAGUUCUCCUGCACUCCGGAUGUCUCUGAAAUGUUAAACAAUAUCGGUGUAUCCAGCGGGUGGGACGACAUGGCGAUCAGUUCUUUCCUCAAACCUUAAGGGUGUGAGGGUCGCCACGGUCGCUGCUGGCCGGUUCCAUUGAUCUCAUGCGGUCGGCCAUUGCGCCGCCGAACGGAGGCCGACGACGCGGCGAUGUCUCGCCGCCCCGCCUAGAGAGUGCCUACAUCCAAAAUUACGUGUCGAUUUUUGGAUUCAAUGUACAAAGUUAUUUAGUAAGGUUCGAGGGCGAAAAUUUUAGUUUAAUAACAACCGACCUAGAUCUAGGUCGCGUUUCUGUUUCAAUUUAUUGAUUUAUCAAUUGUCAGUUCGUUGAUCGAAUGUUCAUUGUAAUAGUUGACGCCACAACGUCAUUAUACUCGUCGGGAAUGCAUCGGGUUAACAUAGGCUGUGAGUUGGUUCUUUUUUUUUGUAUUGCUUUCGUUUAAACUUGACACGAGGGGUGAUUUCCAAACGGCACGUCUCAGACGCAUCUCAGUAAAUAAAUCCGUCUACACUCCGUCGCCUGGUUAGUAAGCCACGGGUUUGUUAGGGGCCUCGGAGACAUGGUUAGUCUUUGCUCGACAUGGUAUUUAAAGAUUUUGUCGACGAGUUCGUAUUUGAGCACAGUAUAACCGUGUGUCCGCGGGCCGUAUCUGCUCGCACCGCGUUGUCGCGUCCGUAUUCUGUAAUAUGUACAUUACUCGACUUGGCUUCUAGUUUAAUAGUAAGUUUGCAAAUAUUGUGUCGAAUUUCGUUUACUUUUUUAACAAAUACUUUAAGAGUCAUCACUUACAUUUGUUUUAUUUUAAAAAGUUAGUAGAGCAAUAUAUCAUUGGAAUAAUAGAAAAAUAAGAAUAGAUUGUAGUCGUAUGUCUUGCGUUCUAUUUACUGUACGUAAGUCCACUUAUACUUUGAAUGCACAUAUAGGUAAUAGUACGAUGAUUUAAUUUUACUGUUUGAAGCUAAUCGGUAUGUCAUUUGAGGAAUUUCGGGGUGCGGAAUUUUGGGUAGAAU